AUGGUUUGCUUUACAUGUAUUUUAACAAAUGCUUUUUCUGUUACUGUGUUUUGUGUGAGACUGCGGGCAUCAGCCCAGCACCUUCAGGAUCAGGCAGAACAGUUCUUUAGAAGUGGUCAUACAAAUAACUGGGCAGUUUUGGUGUGUACAUCUCGAUUCUGGUUUAAUUAUCGUCAUGUGGCAAAUACUCUUUCAGAAAAUUCCAUUAAAACAGAUAAUCAUACAGUGGUGUAUCAGAUCACAGAAUUAUUGAGUCACAUUGUCCUGAUGUUAGCAGAUGAUAUGGCAUGUAAUCCCAGAAAUCCCAGACCAGCUACCGUGUUUAGUCAUAAAAACAUGGAACUAAAUGUCUAUGGAGAUGAUGUGGAAGUGGAUUACAGAAGCUAUGAGGUUACUGUUGAAAAUUUCUUGCGUGUAUUAACAGGAAGAAUCCCACCAAGCACACCACGAUCUAAACGUCUGCUUUCUGAUGACAGAAGCAAUAUUCUAAUAUAUAUGACAGGCCAUGGUGGGAAUGGUUUCCUAAAGUUUCAAGAUUCUGAAGAAAUCACAAACGUGGAACUUGCUGAUGCCUUUGAACAAAUGUGGCAGAAAAGAAGAUACAAUGAAUUGUUGUUUAUUAUUGAUACUUGUCAAGGAGCAUCAAUGUAUGAACGAUUUUAUUCACCUAAUAUAAUGGCCUUGGCUAGCAGCCAAGUUGGAGAAGAUUCUUUAUCACAUCAACCUGAUCUUGGGAUUGGUGUUCAUCUUAUGGACAGAUACACAUUCUAUGUGCUAGAGUUCUUGGAAGAAAUUCAUCCAGCCAGUCAGACAAAUAUGAAUGACCUGUUUCAGGUCUGUCCAAAAAGUUUGUGCGUUUCCACGCCCGGGCACCGAACUGAUCUCUUCCAGCGAGACCCACAAAAUGUUCUGAUAACAGACUUCUUUGGCAGUGUGAGAAAGGUGGAAAUUACGACAGAGACAAUUUCUCUGGACAGUGUCUUAGCUGGUUUUGAAAGCAA